GUUUUAUCCGUUGUGGUUUUACAUUGCUCAGCUUUACCAUAUAGYAAAAAGUACCAGGGUGGUCUGCUGCCAAUCAAACGAUUUCAUCAGGAAAGACGGAUGUACAGAAGGAGUUUAKCAGGCUUGGRACCUUCGUUCUAUAUGUCAAGAUUUGUACCACAAAUGACCAGUUAUGGCURGUUUCCAGGAGAUGGUGGCCAGUGCAAUGGAGCAUUUACUCCUCCACAAUGGAUUCCAUGCUGUUGCCCUGAAGAAUGCAAAGGGGAAGGAUGCGAGGAAUCGACAGAAGACGGAGAAGAAAAGCCAAAGCCAUCCCCAGCCCCGUCGUCACAAUCUGACACACCUAAWGGAGGAAUCUCAAUUAAAGGGGGAACUGGAGGUAAAACCGGAACUGCYCCAGCAGCACCCCAUCCAGAAACCGGAAGCAAAGCUGCAUUAAUAGACGCACCUAAUCAACCACCACCAAUCGCUUUACCAGUGACURGAAAAGAGGCACAGGCUUCCCACAUCGCUCCYCCUGCUACUGCUCGUGUCCAAUCACCUCCUCCUUCGAACGUUGCGUAAAGACCGUAAAAUACAUGAUAUGUGAUUAAAAAGGCCUCAGUAUAUUACCCUUUGUGUUAGUAUUAAACACCAGAAGCCGGCUGUACGAAGUGUUAUCCAUGAACGGACUUAAACUUAUCCAGCGAAUAAAAUCUAUAGAAAAUCUACGGAAUGGCUUCAUUCUAAGUACAACCGUGUCUAGRGUUUGAAAUUUCUGCUCACAGCAGCUACUUAAAUCAAACACAAAUAUAAUAAGGCUUAUAAUUUAGAUAAACAAUGACUUAAA